AUGCCUUUCUCAACCUCAAGGACAAAUACCCGCCCGUCGUCUAACAUCCCCCUCCGCACCCUCGCUGAGUCCUCCUCCGGCUCCGCCUCGCGACACAACCAAGACGAAUCGACGUCAUUCCUGGGAGCCCACCACUCCGGCCACCGCGUUGACAAGCCCGGCUCCGACUCGGACGACGACACCGAGAGCUGGGUCUCGACCGGCGACAUUGGCGAGCAGAUCGACGCCGAGGACCCUCUGCGCGCCAGGCUCAACGACACCCUCGAUGAAUCCGCCCUCGCCGGCCUGAAGCACCUCCCAAGGAACCACCCCCACAAGGAGAAGAAGCACGUCCGCAUCCACGAGGACCCCAACCACCACCAACGCCGCUCCCACCGCCACUCCUCGGGGCAGGCUGGCGUCGUUAAUAAGGAGGCAAUAGAGAUCCCCGAGCCCAUCUCCCGCAGACCGUCCAGGGCCGCACGCCUUAUCUCUACCAUCAUGCCUAGCUCAAAGGGCUUCACGGGGAAGCCCCUGAUUUACUUCACGAGUAUAUUCGUAUCAUUAGGCGUGUUCCUCUUUGGAUAUGACCAAGGCGUGAUGUCGGGCAUUAUCACGGGCCCGUACUUCCGUGAUUACUUUCACCAGCCCUCGAGAGGCGAGAUAGGCACCAUGGUCGCCAUCCUCGAGAUCGGUGCGCUGAUAUCGUCGCUGCUGGUGGGCAAGAUCGGAGAUAUUAUCGGCCGUCGACGGACGAUCCUCUACGGGUCCAUAGUCUUCUUCAUUGGUGGCGCCCUGCAGACUUUCGCGACAGGCAUGCCUAUGAUGAUGCUGGGCAGAAUCAUUGCUGGUUUGGGCGUUGGCUCUCUGUCGACCAUCGUACCAGUCUACCAAUCCGAGAUCUCGCCGCCCCACAACCGCGGAAAGCUGGCGUGCAUAGAGUUCUCAGGGAACAUCAUUGGGUACACGACGUCUGUGUGGGUUGAUUACUUCUGUGGCUUCAUAGAGAGUGACGCCUCGUGGCGAGUGCCUCUGUUCAUGCAGUGCGUCAUGGGUGGCCUGCUCGGGAUUGGAAGUCUCGUCAUUGUCGAAUCCCCAAGAUGGCUUCUCGACAACGACCACGACGAGGAGGGUAUUGUGGUCAUCGCCAACCUCUACGGCGGCGGUGACAUACACAACCCCAAGGCCCGCGACGAAUUCCGUGAGAUCAAGAUGAACGUCCUGCUCCAGCGCCAGGAGGGCGAGAGGACGUACAGCGAUAUGUUCCGCCGCUACAAGACCCGUGUGUUCAUCGCCAUGUCCGCGCAGGGUCUGGCCCAGCUCAACGGCAUCAACGUCAUUUCGUACUAUGCGCCCUACGUGUUUGAAUCUGCCGGGUGGAUUGGUCACGAUGCAGUGCUCAUGACUGGUAUCAACGGCAUCACCUAUUUCCUGUCCACAAUCCCACCGUGGUACAUUGUCGACACAUGGGGUCGUCGGGUCAUCCUGCUCUCUGGCGCGGUUGCCAUGACGAUAUCUCUGUCAUUGAUCUCGUAUUUCAUCUUCCUUGAUAUCAGGGCGACGCCCACCUUGGUCGUGAUCUUUGUCAUGAUCUACAAUGCUGCGUUUGGCUAUUCGUGGGGCCCAAUCCCUUGGCUCUACCCGCCUGAAAUCCUGCCGCUGAGCAUCCGGUCCAAGGGCGCGUCACUCUCGACUGCGACCAACUGGGCGUUUAACUGGCUAGUAGGAGAGAUGACUCCCGUCCUGCAGGAGUGGAUUCAAUGGCGUCUCUACCUCGUGCACGCGUUCUUCUGCGCCGCCAGUUUUGUCAUUGUAUACUUCAUUUACCCCGAGACCAGCGGCGUCCGCCUCGAGGACAUGAACUCCAUCUUCGGCGACGCGACGACGACGAUCGGCACCCCUGCCUCGGCAGGUACCCCAGCAUUCGGGCCGGUCGAUGGCUCUCAUGUGCGCGCGGGCUCCCCUGUGCCGUCCCUCGACAUGCGCGGCCGGCCGCUCCUGGCGGAUGAGCAACCGUUCCCCGGCCUGGAUGUUGACCCCCCAGCAGUCAACUUUGUCAACGGACGGCCUCAGUACGAGUCCGGGCAGGCGGAGGGCGGCGUGGCCGGCUGGCUGUCGAGGGUCGUCGGCCGUUCGCAGUCCCGCGCGCGGUCGGGCAGCGUGUCCAACAGAAGCGGGAGGUAUCAGCCGCUGGGCAACCAGGAUGACUGA